UUCUCAAGCAAGCUGGAUGCCUCUGAGCGAGCUUUGCCUUCUCCUGAGGCAGAGUGUGGGCUGAUGCUCCGCCGCUCCACACACCUACUUCCUGCAAUCCUGGCAAUUACCAAUAGUGUAAAACCCAGUUUCUGACGUGGCUGACUCAGCAAGGGCUUGGCUCAAAACAAAUACAUACGCACAAGGAACUGCAGCCUGGGAAGCUCUGACAGGAGGCAAAUGAAGGGAAAGAGGCAUGGAGGAUUUCUAGGGUCCUGGGUCCAACCCGGCUGAGCUGUCUCCAGCCCUGUUAUCCCAACAACGGCUCAUCGCACCGGUGGUUGCAGUCCUCUCCAAGUGCUUCAGCAGCUUCUUCUCUGUUGGACUCGGGUGCUGCUCCCGCACAAACUACGGGAACGAGGAAGGAAGAGGUUGUUCCUGUUCCGUGUGACUCGGUGCCGAUCCUGUGACUGAAGUCCAGCAUCUGACUGCAGAGCAGUCAGCAGCUCCCUUCUUUUCGUUGCCUUUCCUCAGCAUGGAUACGUGGCGCAGAGGGUCCAUUAAGUCCACCACGUUCUUCAGGCGCUUCUCGCUCAGGAGGCACAAAAAGCUGGGCAACCAAGUCAUCCUCCUCAACCAGAACAGCCACACUCUGGACAACGACGGACAGUGCCAGAAGAGGGAACGCUUACGGGAUCUGAAGGACAAGUCUGAUUACCUGUCAUAUCAGAGUGAGCAAAACCUAGCCAAGGCACAAGCACCUCCCAAGCCUCCCCGGCUCUACCUGGACAGUUCUAGCUGCCCCAACAUCAUUGAUCACACAGAUUCUCACUCUGACAUCUCCUUUUCUGGUGCUACUCAUCAAUACCACAAAGCCACUCAAACUCAAUUCCACAGGGAGCAGGCUUCAGACUGUGGGGCCAUGGAGGUGGGUUUCCAGAGCGGCACAGCUCCCUCCGACCUGUCUGAUCCCUUUCUGUCCUUCAAAGUGGAUUUGGGGCUAUCGCUUCUCGAGGAUGUUCUGCAGACCCUCAGAAAACAGAAUCCAAGAGAUUAUGCCAUUUGAAGGUAUGUGCCACUCAAUGUAUCCCAUUUGCCUACGGACACUGUCAGUUUCUCUAGUCCUGACGAGAGGAAGGACGCUGCAGUGUCCCCGUUUCGAGUGGCCUGUUUCAUUGUUCUUGCCCGACCCCUCACAGACUGUUCUCGUCCUCGCUCCGGAGCCCCUCGGAGCAGAGCAGUCAGGCUGCACGCCCAGAUGACACGGGGCUCCUGGAGCCUCACCCAGGAGCUUCCAUCCUCGGCAGUGGGAACUUUCUAAUCUUGACCGUGCACCUUCUCCUCAUGGAAGGAUGACUAUGCUUGGCAAAGGACUUGUCUGGGGGAUGGGGUUGCGACCGUGCAGCACGGACAGAAAGGGAUGUGGCAUACACCAUUUGUGGCACUGGAAAGGGAACAGCCAAGCUGCUAUCUCAAAGCCACAGCUAUAGCAAGGGGCAAGAAACAGAUACUGCUGUUUUUUUUUUCUCCUACCACAUUUGGAUGCAAAAGUCAAAGAUAUUCCUUUUUUUUUUCCCUUCUUCUUGUGGCUUUCUCUUCCCCUAAUUCAA